GCCAAGCCUAGGCCAUUCGACUUAUUUCAUGGCAAUGAUGUUACAAAGUUCAGAGGACUUUGGACCUGUCCUGAUGCGGCACUCUACAUUGCCUAAUGUGAGACUGUAGGUCAGUCAGACAUACCACGAGUACAACAUGCAAUAGAACGUUAGAACAUUCGAAUAGAGCGCUGGGAUAGAAAUAUAAGACAUAGUUGCUGCGUGGUACAAGAACGCACGUGCUUGCUUUUCUGGCGUCUGCACUGCAAGGAGUGAACCCAGAAUAGGGACUUCAUUUCAGAAUCUGCUGGCGUGAAUACACAGCGAAAACAUGAAAAUACAUCUGGCUCAGGAGGUUGGAGUUUUCCUCUUGUCUUUGACAGCACCCUUUUUGCUGUGCGCAAUGAACAACUUUCCUGCCGUUCAAAAGUCUGAAGUGAUCCUGCCGAUGGGAGCAGUGGUCCUGCUGUCCGUCUUUCUUCUGCUCUACUUCACCAUGCGACACAAAAAGGCUGUGGACCCACUUUUUUAUGUGUGUUCAUCCCAGUCAUCACUACGGCUGGGCUGGCGGCUCAGGGAUGUGUGCCCUUUCUGCCUCGACGCUCGGCAGCGUCAGUGUUUUGCAGAGUUGUCAUUCACCUGCAUGGUUGGACUAACAAACGCACUGGAGCAGGAUGGCUAUAUCAAGGGUUUCAUGGACUUCUACCUGAGGAAGGGGGAGCCAUAUCUCUCCACAUCCUACGCCAUCAUGAUGAGCUACUGGGACGGCACUGUGCAUUUCAGCCUUCAGCUCCUCAUGGUGCGACGCAUGGCCCAAGGGAAGUCAUUCCGCAGCCUGGGCCUGUUCUGGGCUGGCUCAUCUAUAGCCAAUCAGAUCGUGUUCAUCCCAGGAAUUGUCAUUGGUAAAUAUGGCAGCAACAUUCUUCCUGCUUUCUGGCGCAACAUCCCUUUCCUGCUGCUGCCAAUAUGGUCUGCUGUAACGCUCUUGUGUAGGCCCAGAGAGCUGCCAGUCAUUCCUGCAGAUCAGGUUGCGGAACAGCAGAAGAAGAGUGUGUUGACCCGGCCUGUGGACCUGCUGCUGUCUCUGAUGUUGCUGGGGGGAAUGGCCUUAACCCUGCUCAGGGCUUUUGUGGUUCUGGACUGUCGAUUGGAUGUCUGUUUCACCUACAUCUACCAGUAUGAGCCCUAUCUGAAGGACAACGUGGCCUUCUCCAAAGUCAUGAUGCUGGUGUUCCUGUUCUAUGCUCUCCCCCUCAUGGCUGCAUGUGUGUGUGGGCUGGGCACUCCAGGAAGCAGCUGGAUGCUGGACUGGACUCUGCUCUUCGCUGGAGCUAUGGCCCAGGCUCAGUGGUGCCAUAUUGGGGGUUCUCUGCACUCUCGUACCCCCUUUACCUACCGGAUCCCUUCUGAUGCCUGGCGUGGGGUGAUGGGGCUUAAUGUGGCAUACGCAGCUGUGCCCAUCCUCCUUGCCCUGCGGUGUGCCCUCCGCCCCGCCUACUUCAUGCCCGCUGUGCCCAAAGGCCAAGCUGAUAAGGAAAAGAAACAGAAGUAGCGAACGAACAUACACAACUGGACACUGUGUGGGAGUGUGUGCAUAUGUAUGUGAGUGUGUGUGUGUGUGUGUGUGUUGAGGUAAUGAGACUCGAUGAUUAAUAUGCGUAUGUGUGUAUGUGUCUCUGUUUCUGGACUGCCACCUUGUGACUCCUGCCAGCUCCAGAUCCUUGUAAAGAUUCUCUCAGCUGUUGUGGUGUUGGCUCAAGGCUUCCUCUGGCGUUGGCUGUUGUGCUUCUGAACAUGAGUUGACUUGAAUCCAAAGAAGACGGCGUGCCACGUGGACCUCUGGACCCACACCAGCCGCUCCCACACAGACUCUGGUUUAUCUCACUCCAAGCUUGACUCAUGCAAGUGAUGUAAAACGACACCAGUCCUAUCUCUUUGGACUCUCACCUCUUCUUAGUCAGACAUGAGCAAUGAUGUGGAUUGUCUUUUCUUCCUGUGGCACACCCCAAUGUGACAACAAGGAGCGAUCUGCAUCACAGUGGCCCCCUCUGCUCUAUCACUCUGUAUCAGUGAAGAUAACGAGGAACGAUAACGGCAGAGGGGAUUUCUCAAGAGUGGUCAUGGAGUCCAUCCCGUACAAUCCCAGCUGGCCAAAGGGCCACACGAAGGCCGUAUUUCAAAUUGUUGGCUGUAUAAGCCUUUUUUUUUUGUUCUUGAGGAGAUUUGUUGUGGUGUUUUUGUUGUUGUUUUUGUUGUUCUUUUUUUGAGCAUUAAAAUGUUAUCUCAUUUUCACGCAAGAGGCCACUUUCAAAGUUGUUUGUGAAAUCCCAGCUCAGUCACAGAAAGCAUAUUUGAAUUCUAGAUGCUGGUCUGAAUCCAUUCAUACUUCACUGUAAUGUCACAGCUGUUCUGUUAAUGUGUAGUGGCAACUUUAGUUCACAUGAUCCCUAAGUGACGGUGAGGACACAGUCAGUGGGUCUCUUUGAUCUAGAAUGACAACACCGGCUAUAUCAGUCUCAUGACGUGGACUCAACCUUCCCCUGUCUUUGCUAAACUACCUUUGCUUUUGUUCAUAUCAGACUGGUUAAGUGACAACGACGUGCGUACAACAACAAAGUCAGAACAUCUAUUCAAAAGUGAGAUCCAUAUCCAUCUCUUUGAUUUUCUUUUUUUACCCCGAGCCAUUUUCAGCUCAGUGAAUGUCCUCCUCCGUGAUGGCUCACGUGUAGGUCCAUGGGUCCUCUGGUGACGGUGAUGUCAGCAGGCUGGUUGCUCACCAGGUCACCUUUGACUACCCUACUCCAGUGCCCUACUCUCUGA